CACCGUCAUUGGCGUACACUGUCACCGAUCCCAAUCCUGUUCGGCUAGAGUGCGUUCAUGCCAUCGACACCUUCUGUGAGGUUCUCUUCGACAAGUCCAUUCCCAACUGCAACGACAUCCACGGCAUAGCGGAGGAGCGUGUUUACAAGAUACCAGAAAAUGCUCUCAUUGUAAUUUGCUUAAAUGAAAAUGGACAGAAUCAGCAGUCAGAAAUUCAGAAAAGGCGACAGAGCUUUCAUCAUUCCAACCAAACGAACGCCCCUCGUAUAGAAAAGCGAGAACAACAGAAUAUAAAGCUACAACGGCAGCAGCAGCACCCACAGGUGACUAGCAGCCGUUAUGUUACGGCUGCAGGGUCGAACUGGAAUGAAAUCACGAUGAAAGCUGAGAUAGCCCAUGAGUUGUCAAGCCGCGGUCCGACUUCCCGUCUAAAUUUGAGCAGGCCAAGUCGGCUCAAGAUGGUGCACGCCAUCAGCAAUGUUUUUUUGCCAACCGGGGUCGUUCGACCUUGCAAACUAAGCCUCAAGCGGAGGACACAAAGGAAAGUUGUGGCCAGAGCUCUACUCGACUUCAGGGAGGCAGUGUUGGCACAGUGCCGAAACCAAGCAUCACAUCGCCAGCGAUCGCGACGCCACAAGAACAGACUCUAGCUCUCAUGUCGCUUCUGGGCUUGAAUAAAGAGCAGGACUCACUGCAGCAGCCACUUGGUCAUGUAACUCGUAUGUACCCGCAACAGCAACAGCCGCUGAAAUUUCAAUCACAAAUAGUGGAGCGACCACUUCCUGGACAAAUGCCUAAACUGCCACAGCCUCCGCUCUUUUGGCAGAAGGAGGCUCAGCAGCAAAAACAGCAGGCACAACAAGCCAACCGCGUUCAGAGCCAACAUUGCUUUAAAUCUCUGCAGACACUGGAGGUAGAUCUUCGUCAGAAAGAUGCGUGUCUCGCACAGCAGCAUGCUAAUCACCAGAAUCAAAUACAACAACGGCAUUCUCAACAGAUGCCCCCCCAUAUUUCCCCAAUGACUAAUAACAACGGAAACCAAGCAUAUUAUAAUAAACAACUGGGGCAUGAAGUCUACAAUAACAGCAACCCUCUGACAACACUUGAGCAGAAACAGUAUCAGGCACAACAUCCCCAGCAUCUGCAAUAUAUAGUCAGUUCCAGACCUCAUUAUUCUUCUAUAAAAGACUUUGUGCCCAUACAGGCAUAUCGUCCCAAGAUAUCGCAGCGCCCUCAAUCCAUCGGUCAAAUAGAGGCAGAAGUGCCGUCAUCGACAACAGAAGGAGAAGUAAAAUCCCGAACUAGUCCUCGGAAGGCAGUACCAGAAAAAAUUACUGCUGCACUGAAACAAACGCUGAACACACAGCCUUCGACAUCACAAGCUGAAUGUACUACCAUGUUAGCUGGGAAGGUCGAUUCAGGUGCAGGUGCAGAUGCAGAUGCAGGUGGAGGAUCCACAGCAGCCCAGCUAAAGAUGAAGAAACAACGAGUUCCUCGAUUAUAUUAUACAUUGAACUCAAAAGACGAAGACAACGGGACACAUAGAAAUCACACGCAGCUCGUUGAAAUAAAUUAUCUUAAUAUUAAUACUUGUACAUAGCACAUUUCACUAAUCUUACGUCACUUAUAAAGAACCUCAACCCUAUCCGUCCAU